GGAGAAUAACCAAUGCAAAGUAAAGAGCAUAUUACAUGCUCAGAAAAAAGGAAUUAUUCACUAAAUAGAAGGACCAAUUCAGUUAUCUACAUGAAGGCAAAUUACACAGCAGAACAGCAGGACAUUGCUUGGGAUAUUGUUAUGGUCACCAGGGGCUGAGCCUUUCUUGACUACAUUCAGAAGUAAAAACAAAUCUGAGGUAAAAAAACAUUGUGCCAACAAGCGGCGUAUAAGGACAACAGGAAAGAGGAGAGUGUGUUUACAAGAUUGUAUGCCCUGACUGAUCAGUACACAACUUAAAAAUGGUCUUGCUGAAUUGGAUAUGCCCCCUCCUGCUAGUGCUUUUAAUCACAAACAAAGGUGAAUCAGAAACUGCCUUCAAAUUUUGUGGUUUUCGGAACCACACUGGAGAACAGAGUAUGAAUUUUGAUGUGAGUCCAGGAUGUGAAUACAUUACCUUCUCUAGCAAUGAGAGCACCCUUUCUAUAACUGGUAAAAUAACUGUCAGCUGUCAAAAUUCUUCCCACAUUAAACUGCCAAAUGACACCAGUCGGAAAAUCAUGUUCUGCAUCCACUGGGAUGGAUUUCUGGAUUAUCUCUGGAUUGAUUACGACAGCCAUAUUUAUCAUAUCUGUGAACCUUCAUCACCACAACAAACCUGCUGCACAGGUUUAUCACACAGUGAAGGAGGAAUUGAAAGUGCUAAUGGAAUUAAAAAUGCCAGCAUUCAAGGAGAUUUAAUAACAACCAAACCACAAGGAUAUCACAAAUUCUCUGGAGAAACUGAUGAUUGUGCCAAAACAAUGUGUGAAAAUCCGUAUAGUCAGGAAAAACCAAAGUCAGAUCUGGAAAAAGGAUACCAAAUUUCCUAUGGACUAGAUGACAAAUUGAUGAAGGCCAACCUUUCAGCAAAGGUGAAUCGGUUUGAUCUGCCAUGUGCUUACACAACAGUCUUCAAAGUGAAAGACUUAGAAGAAAUAUCAAAUAAAAACGUGACACCCAGGAGUCCGAGCACGGACCAGUGGCCUUCUGUGCACAUUCCUCCUUCAAUUGUGGAAAAAUUGAAUCCUAAAAAACGGACCACAGCCAAAGUAGUAUGCACCUUCUUCAAAUCAUCUGAACUUUUUAAGGACAAGAAAAGAAGUGAUAUAUUAAAUGAGGAUGUUGUUGGAAUCAGUGUUGAAAAUGAAGUUAUUUCUAAUCUGAAAGAUCCAGUAAUUAUUACUUUCCAACACAAAACCCCUUUUACAAAUAAGACAACCCAAUGUGUAUUCUGGGAUAUAAAGAGCAAAGAUAAUGAAAUGUUUUGGAAUAACAAAGGCUGCGUAACUUUUCAGAAAGAGAGCUCGACCGAGUGUCACUGCAAUCACCUAACCUAUUUUGCUGUACUUUUGCAAAUAUCCAACAAGCCUGUGGCAGAUUUAAAGAUCCUCACGUACAUCACUUUAUGUGGCUGCUUCAUUUCAGCAUUUUGCUGCUUACUUACUUUUUUCCUCAUCUGUUGGCAAAGGGGCAGAAGUACAGAAAGAUUCAUCAACAAGAACUUGACCUGCGCCCUGUUUAUGCUCAAUACCAGUUUCAUCAUCAAUGUCCUUGUCAACUCUGACAGUGAGCAACUAUGUAUAUUUUUGGCUGCCCUUUUACACUAUUGCCUGCUCUGCACUUUCACGUGGAUGGGAAUUGAAGGAUUUCACCUUUACAAGAAAUUGUGUGUUGUGUUCAGGAAUGAAGGCCCAUAUUACUUGAGAUAUCUCUGGGCCUCUGGCUGGGUGCUUCCAUUGAUUGCAGUGGUCAUAAGUGUGUCCACUAAUGUUUAUGGCUGGUAUGAGAUCCAAACUGGACAGAAUACAAAAGUAACAAUGUGCUGGAUGAAAAUUCAGUUGGCCCAUUACAUUACAAACGUGGGGUAUUUCAGCUUGAUUUUCACUCUAAACCUAAUUAUGCUGUGUACCACAAUUUAUCACCUGGGAACCGGAAGUCCAUUUAGAAAAGCUGCAAAGAUUUGGUCAGUUUUGGGACUUACUGUAUUGUUGGGAACUUCAUGGGGCAUUGCCUUCUUCAGUUUUGGAGGAUUGACAAAAAUUGCGCAGUAUGUCUUCACUAUCUUGAAUUCUCUACAAGGUUUCUUCCUUUUCUUACGCUAUUGCUUUGUGGUAAAGACGACAAGGACAUCCAGGUAUGGGACUUCUACAUCUUCAACAACAGAGGGAAAGCCUUUAAGCUCAUAAUCAUUUGAAGACAGCGAGGUGUACGUCUGCUGUAGCAUUGCACUUUCUUCUUGGAAUUGGAUACAUACAGAUACAUAAAUCACAUGUGUUAUUGUGUUCAACCGAAUUUACUAUAAAAAGUAAAUUUCAUAUUUCAGCCAGUAGAUGGAGAUGCUCAAGCACUUUUGACAGAUCUCAGAGUUGCUGGUUUUGUUUGACAUGUUCCCAUUCCAUCUGUAAAAUGAAAAGUUUUUAUAUUUAUUGUAAUUCAUCAGCUGUUUUGUAAACUACAUGUGUAUUUAAAACGUGCAAUUAUUUUCUUUUCCUGUACUUCUGGCUGUUGAGUAAAUUGCAUUUUUAUGUUUUUUUGUACAUUUGUGCUCUGUAAAGUUGGAUUAAAUGUGUGUAAUUAAUAAAGAUUUAAAGUUUUAUAAUGAAAA